ACAUUUUCGUUUUUUGCUAAUGUUAGUUGUUCAGCUGGCUAUGGCAGCUAGCUAACAUUUUACAAGCAUGUGUGUAAUUUUAAUCUGAAAUGAAAUCAAUGCGUUUAAAAGAGCUUGGGUCAAGCAAGUUAGUUAAUAUUUCGUGGCUGCGAUCCGUAAUGCAUGCUAUUUGGAAAGAAAGUCAUGAAUGUGAAUCAGGAUCAGUUGUUCUCGGCCCUGAAGAAGGAUGUGCGAUCCUUGUUGGUCUCAGCCAAAUUUGGCGUUGCACCAGACCAGCUCAAGCGGGACUACCAGGCAUUAGUCGGUCACCCUCUACCUCUGAGGGUGCUUGGAUUCCGACAUGUUCUGGACAUGGUUAAAGAGAUGCCUGACGUUGUCUGUGUGGACUAUGGAAAAGAUGGCAGUAUGAUGUUAAAAGCUGUUUGUGAUGAAACCACGAGAGGUAUCCAGGAACUGGUGGCCAAGCAGAGAACCACCAAGGCUAAUAAGCCUCCUCUCCGGCGGACUCCUCCUGUCAGGUCCUUUGGCACAAGCAGACUACACUACCCACAGGUCAACUUGGUCAUCAUGCCCAGGCGGGUCUCUGGCCCUCCGCCGCUCCCUGCACAUCUGCGAAGCCAGCUCCGUCAGCUUCUGUCUCAGGGUCCACUGAGGUUGUCCGAGUUAGAGCAGCGCUACGCACUCCGUUUUGGACGCCGGCUGCAGCCCGAAUGCUGUGGCUAUUACUCCCUUGCCGAGAUGCUCGCCGCCUCGACUGAUAUGAUCGCCGUUGAACAGAGCCGGAGUGGGUCCCUACUCAAGCUGAAGAGCUUUAUUACCCCACUGAAGAGCUUUAAUACCCCACUGAGGCCGGUGACACCCCGUCACAGUGCAGGAGAUCCCCAGCACCAUGUGUCCAGUUCAGCGAGCAGGCCGUCUCCAAGCUUAGUUUCAAAGGAAAGUCGGCCUCAGACUGAAAAUAAGAACAAUGUAAUUCAGCCACCUUUGUCAGAAGCGCCAACUACCAACACUGACAGGCAGGAUGCGGAGUCGCCUGUGGAUCGUCAGUUCUUUGAGAAGUCUAUCUUAAAGCUUGAGGAGCAACUCCGGCAGCAGAUCAUUGAGUUUGGGGAUGCGGGCACAGUCAGCCCGGAGUUAAAGGCCAAACUCCAGCAGAUCGUGGCUGGAAACACCAAUGGAAUCGCCCUUCAUCAGCUCCCCCUAGUGUACAAGAACAUGUUUGGGGAGGACCUGCCCCUGGCUGAGAGUGGCUUUGUGAACGUAUCGGAGCUGGUGGGGGCCAUGAGUGACGUCCUCUGCGUGAAACCUUACUCGGGUCCCCUGAUGGUGAUGCAAGCAUCAGACACCUCUGAAAAGGGCCACUACUUCAGCUGCGAGGACUCCCACUGGGAUAGAACUACAGAGGACGACACGACGGAUGACCCUCAGGUCAACGCUGAGGAGAAGGUCAACAGCACUCUCCAACAGGUUUUGGAGCAGGUCCCUGUGGACUCUGUGGUGCCCCUGGAUGCGGUGCAGAACCAGAAGCUGAAGGCCCCAAACCAGCGCGGCGAGAGGGAGCUGCUGCCCGUGCUGGUGGAGCACGUGGAGUCACCUGGACACUUCUACGUGCGCUUCGAGGGCCAGGAGUCUCGCAUGCUGGAGGACAUGAUGCUGCAAAUGAGGACCUUUUAUGCAUGCCCAGAGAUGAGCCAGCGCUACAGGCUGCUGCAGGGCUUCCUGCGGCCGGGGCAGGUGUGCUGUGUGGCCCCCAGGGACAUCUGGUUCUAUCGGGUGGUCAUCCUCCAAGUGCUGGACGGCCAGCAGGUGGAGGUGUACUACGUAGACUUCGGAGAUGUUACCACCGUGGACAGCGACCGCCUUUGCUUCCUCAAGGCUUGCUACGCAACACUCCCCGCCCAGGCCAUUCCAUCAUCCCUCUCAGGGGUCAAGCCAGUUGGGGGCUGCUGGACAGCAAGUGCCAUUGGAUGUUUCCAGAAACUGUGCUGUGAUCGACUUCUGGUGGCCGCCAUAGACUGUUACCGUGGCGCCUUCAUGCAGCUCUAUCUGUGUGACACGCACACCCAGGAGGAUUUCUAUGUCCACAGCACCCUCCAGACGGAGGGACACGCGCUACCCUGGGCUAAAGCUGAGUACUUGGAGACAUCUUGUCAGUCCAACCCAGUGUCUUUGUACCUGGGGGAGGGGGAGCUCCAGCCGGUGAAGAUCCCAGAGUCGGCCCUCGAGGAGACGCAUGGAAUUACCACAUUGGUCCCAAGCAGCCCAGAGCAGUGCAUUCAUCCUGUCACUAAGGACAACAUCCUGGAAUCUGGCUCUCUGCCUAAUGUUCCCGUCCUGGAAUCUGCCCCUCUGCCUGACAUUCCGGUGGUGGAAGCUAGAGCCCUACCUGCUGUUCCCACGGUGAUGACUGACACCCCCGAGACGCAUUCUACUGACAUCACUGAGCAGGAUGAGGUCCAACCCAAGGUCAACCCUUUCGAGGCGCUGCUGUGUAAAGACGUUUUGAUCUCAAGUGACUGGGACCGAGGCUGGAACCCUGACCGGAACAGGAGUGCAGAGAAGCCCUCACCAGUGAUGGCACAUGAUGACCGCAUCCCCAAGCAUGAGUCAUUGCCUGACUCUGUGUCUGCUGUGGAGCUGUCAUCACCUAGGACAGAGAGCUCACCGCCGGACCCCCACACCACCCCCACACUACAGCAUCCGCACCCUUGAUCUGAAGCAGGGGGAAAUCUGCAGCACAGGUGUGGAACCUUCCUCUCCGAUGGCUCCUGGAUUCACCUUCCCAUUGCUCAGCUCUGGGGGGCGGAUCACUCCAGACAAACUGUUCCUGCACCACGCCUCUCCGCUGGCGCUGCGACCCGCCUCUCGAAUGGCCGCCGGACUGCACCUCCUCAAGUGGUGACCUGGCAGAACCUACUAGAUCUGGAAGAGAUCAAGUAAAGUGUUGUAGGUUUUGUGUGUUAGGAUUGUGUAAAGUUUGAAGUUAAAGGCACAUUCCUUUAUAUUUUAUGUGUGAAAAUUUGGAUCAAGAUUUUUUUUAUAUAUGUGUGUUAUGUUAUGUGACCAAAUACAAUGAUGUUUUUGACUUAUUUGUUCUAAACAAUUUUCAUUGAUUUCAACUACUGUUGCCUAAAAAAA